UUUUAUCAAUGUACCAACAAGAAUCGCGCGUAAAACAACUUAAUAGUUUUAGUAGCAUGUGAUGGCAAUUCUGUUGGCGCCAAAUGUUUGCCGUAAGAUUUAACGGGAGACACAUCAAAUGAUAACAAUUUAGAAACGAUGAAAAUAUGCUGAUAGGGAGGUAGAACCGCGUUUAUGUUUUCAGUGUAUGAACAUAAUACCGUAAAGUGCACAAUCAGUUUGUAACACGGCUCGUACAAGUCAACUUCCUUGCCUUCUUGCUUUGAACCCAGUUUCCAUAUCGCUGUGAUGUGAUAGAACAAAAAGCAUUCAUAGUUAAUUAGUCGCUAAGUAUAAAGUAGUUUUAAAUAUAUUUUAUUUUGCAAAAAAAAAAUGUCUGCGACUACAAAAGAAGCUGUACCGUUGGAGGAACAUAUGAUGCCAAAGAAAGGAAACGAUAAAUCGAAUUGUUCGAUCGUUAAGUACGUAACGAUAUUAAAUUGGUUGCCGAGGUACUCUCGUUUGGAUGCUAUCUCGGAUCUUGUAGCUGGAUUUUCGCUAGGAUUAACCCUGAUCCCCCAAAGUAUCGCAUACGCUGCAUUAGCAGGUUUAACAGCUCAGUAUGGUCUUUAUUCGUGUUUAAUGGGCAACUUUCUCUACCUCUUUUUUGGAACAAUCAAAGAGGUGUCAAUUGGUCCUUCAUCUUUGAUGUCGCUUCUCACUUUGGAAUACACAAGAAACAUGCCAGUGGAUUUUAUUGUGCUUUUCUGUUUUCUCGCUGGUUGCGUAGAAUUACUAAUGGGCGUAUUACGUUUAGGCUUUUUGGUAGAUUUUAUAUCGAUACCCGUAACGUCAGGAUUCACUUCGGCCACUUCGAUUAUUAUAAUCAUAUCGCAGUUGCAAGGGCUGCUAGGGCUGAGAUUCAAAGGGCACAGUAUCACCGACAAUCUAGUAAAGAUUUUUCAGAACAUUAAAAAUGUACGAAUGCCAGAUUUUAUCCUUGGACUUUGCAGUAUAGCGUUUCUCUUAUUCUUCAGACAACUCAAAGACAUUAAUCGCUGUUUUGGAAAAGAUAAUGGUCGAUCGAAGAAGAAGAGUAAAACGAUGUAUCUGAAGAAAUUCUUAUGGUUCCUUUCCAUCUGUCGCAACGCAUUGGUAAUCGUGAUUACGUCCACGAUAGCCUUUUAUUUCGAAAAAUAUGGAUCAUCACCUUUCAUUCUCUCAGGAAAGAUACAGUCAGGACUUCCUAAAUUCGCUUUACCUCCAUUUUCAUCUCAGGUUGGGAACGAAACUUACACUUUUUGGGGCAUGUGUUCUCAUAUAGGGUCAGGAAUAAUCGUAUUGCCUCUUGUGUCCGUGUUGGCGAGCGUAGCUAUCGCUAAAGCAUUUGCGAGCGGCAGCAGCGUAAAUGCGACACAAGAGAUGUUAACGCUCGGUUUGUGCAAUAUAUUCGGGAGUUUCGUUUCAUCGAUGCCAGCUGCAGGCGCGUUUACAAGAAGUGCCGUGAGUACCGCCAGCGGCGUUCGAACGCCUAUGGCCGGUAUAUACGUGGGAACUAUGACUUUACUAGCCCUGAGCUUCUUAACGCCAUAUUUUUAUUAUAUCCCACGUUCCACGCUUGCAGCAGUGCUGAUAAGCGCGGUAAUAUUCAUCAUUGACUUGAGGAUAAUAAAGCUAUUGUGGAAAGGAUGCAAAAGGGACGCCAUUGCGGCGAUAGUGACAUUUUUAGUUAGCAUUUUAUUUGGCGUUGAAUUGGGACUUUUAGUCGGUGCUUUGUUUAGUUUAGUUUUCUUCCUCCGACCGCCUGCUAGGCCACAAAUUGAUGUAAUUCAGUGUAAGACACAAGUAGGACACAAGUACAUAAUACUCAAACCAGAUACUGGAAUCUUUUAUCCUGCUGCAAAUUAUUUUUGCAGUAAAGUGAUGGAAGUAAUUCGUAAAUACGAUGAAAAUAAUGUACUGUUUAUCAUCGACUGCGAAAGAAUACGAAGUAUUGAUUAUACUGCAAUAAAGGGUAUCGAGUUAAUAACAACAAAUAUCAAUUCCGAGAAGAAAAGGUUAUGGUUCUUAAACGUGUCUUCAAAAACAUUUAAUAGUAUCGAAGCAUUUACAAAUAAUGAAUACUUUUAUUUUAUUGAUGAAGAAGAUAAAAUAUCUUCCAUCUUUCACGAUACCCUCUUAAUAAGCAAAGCAGAUGAAGCAAAAAGUCAUCAGUUGGAAAAUAUGGUAGAAUGUACAACAUUAACCUGUAAAGAUGAUAAAAGAGAUUCAGAAAUACUUACGAAAUUCACGUCAAACUCUACAGAUGACGUUGAAGGAGUUGCAUUAAUGUCACCGUCUUCACAAGCAAUAAAUCAAAAAUAA